AUGGUUCGACACAGUUUGAUGCGCGCUCCGCUGGAAGAACUCGAACGACUUGAGCGAAAAUCUUCGUUCACAAAAGAAGGAGAUCUUCUGCAGACAUCAAGCGCCGAAAAAAUUGAUAGAAAGGAUUACUACGUUGCUGUUGCUUUGGUUGGGCUCAUCAUUUCUUCCUGCAUUCUUGGUGUCAUCGCAUUUUACCUGAACUCCAGCGCCAAGUAA